GAGCCAUUUUAUCCGCUCAGCUCUUCGAUGACAUACUUAUCCCCAGCUUCCCUCUGCAGUUCCUUCGCAGGACCGGCGAUGUUUACUUGCUCUAAUCCUGGCCCCUUCUUUAGCGGCAACCGAGCGUCAUCGUCCUCGCCGGCGACCGGACGGCGAAGAAUUCAUCGAGUGUUGCGGUCGGUCCGCUGCGUGACCACGACGGAGGAGAAGAACGCACGAGUAACUACUGUGAAGAAUGGAAGCGAUUCGCUGGUGAUUUGCCGAAUUCUUAAUGGCAUGUGGCAGACCAGCGGCGGAUGGGGUAGAAUCGACCGCAUUGCUGCUGUCGAGGCCAUGCUGAGCUACGCAGACGCGGGCCUCAAGACCUUCGACAUGGCCGAUCACUAUGGACCCGCAGAAGACUUGUAUGGCAUUUUCAUCAACAGAGUUCGUCGGGAGCGUCCUCCAGAGUUCCUUGAAGAGAUAAAAGGCCUUACAAAAUGGGUGCCACCUCCUGUCAAAAUGACAAACAACUAUGUGAGGGAUAACAUCAAUAUUUCACGGAAAAGGAUGGAUGUUUCUUCAUUGGACAUGCUUCAAUUCCACUGGUGGGAUUAUUCUAAUCCUGGAUACCUUGAUGCUCUUAAACACUUAACCGAUCUAAAGGAGGAAGGUAAAAUAAAAACCUUGGCUCUAACCAAUUUCGAUACAGAGAGAUUGCACAUAAUACUGGAAAAUGGUAUACCAAUAGUUAGCAAUCAGGUACAACAUUCUGUUAUUGACAUGCGACCACAACAAAAAAUGGCUGAACUUUGUCGGCGCACAGGAGUUCAACUUAUAACGUAUGGAACUGUUAUGGGUGGGCUCCUGUCUGAGAAGUUCCUAGAUGUCAAUUUAUCAAUUCCUUUUGCAGGCCCUUCUUUAAAUACCCCAUCACUUCAGAAGUAUAAAAGGAUGGUUGAUGCUUGGGGAGAUUGGAGUCUCUUUCAAGUUUUGCUUCAAACACUGAAGACGGUUGCUUCCAAGCAUGGGGUUUCUAUUCCUUCUGUGGCCGUGAGAUAUGUUUUGAGUCAGGCAUCAGUUGCGGGAUCAAUGAUUGGGGUUAGACUUGGUCUAUCUGACCAUAUCAAUGACACGAAUGCCAUAUUCUCCCUUGAUUUGGAUGAAGAAGACAUGAACAGCAUCACUGAGGUAUCCAUGAAAGGGAGAGAUCUUCUGAAAGUAAUUGGAGAUUGCGGCGAUGAGUAUCGUCGCGCAUAAACCCAUUGCAGGGAAUUGUCUGGUUGAGGAAGAUGCUUAGUCCCUCUGCGGCCAUCUACUGAUAAUCGUAUAAUCUGAAAUAAAUUUGAAACGCUUUCGUGUCUCUUUCGUGUCUUCUAAUAUAGAAUUUUAAUGUAGCAUAGUGAUGAGAUUAUAUUAAUGUUUUUCUUUCUUUU